AGAGAGAAACGCUGGCGAAUAGAUUUUAGAUGUGUUUUCUUGGAAGUCUUUAGAAAACGAAGAAGAAGAACCAGAGGUUGAAAACGACGGCGUAGUAGUUUGUAUCAGAGAUGGCGAUGAAGGGUUAUUUGGAUGAGUAUGAAAAGCUUGUUAUUAGGAUGAACACUCCAAGGGUCGUUAUCGACAAUGGUGUUUGUUCUUCAGCGACAAUCGUCAAGGUUGAUAGUUCAAGAAGAAAUGGGAUAUUGUUAGAAGCUGUCCAAAUUCUCACAGAUUUGAAUCUCUCCAUUAAAAAAGCUUACAUUUCUUCUGAUGGAAGAUGGAACAUGGAUGUUUUUCAUGUGACUGACUUAAACGGAAACAAAUUGAAUGACCAGAGCGUCUUGAGAUACAUUGAACAGUCGAUUGAGACGGUUUACUAUGGAGAAAACAUUGAAGUAAACGGUUUAACAGCUUUAGAGUUAACCGGAACAGACCGAAUCGGUUUACUGUCCGAGAUGUUUGCGGUUCUCUCUGAUCUCAACUGUGAUGUGGUUGACGCUAAGCUAUGGACACAUAAUGGUAGAGUUGCUUCUGUGAUCUAUCUCAGAGAUGGUAGCUCAGGAGCUCCGAUUCUUGAUUCUCACCGGAUAUCAAAGAUCGAGGGACGGUUAAAGAAUGUUUUGAAUGGCGACAACGAUGUUAACUCUGCUGCAAAGACUUGUGUUUCUGUGGAUUCGAUGAUGCACAUAGAACGUAGACUUCAUCAGCUAAUGUUUGAAGAUAGAGACUAUGAGAGGAGAUCCAAUAAACAAGAGAGAUCUCCAACGGUGGUUGUGACGGUUCAGAAUUGGGCUGAGAGGGGUUACUCUGUCGUUAAUGUUCAUUGUCGGGACCGGACCAAGCUUCUAUUCGAUGUGGUUUGUACGUUGACCGAUAUGGAAUAUGCCGUGUUCCAUGCUACUAUCAACACGGCUGAAGACCAAGCUCACUUGGAAUUCUAUAUCCGGCAUAAGGAUGGAUCACCGAUAAGUUCGGAAGCAGAGAGGCAACGAGUGAUUCUAUGCUUAGAAGCUGCAGUUGAAAGAAGAGCACUAGAGGGAGUGAGAUUAGAGCUGAGGCAUCCAGACAAACAAGGUUUACUAGCGGAAGUAACGCGAACAUUCAGAGAAAACGGUUUGAAUGUUACAAGAACAGAGAUAUCAACUACUAGCGACAUAGCUACAAACAUAUUCUAUGUAACUGAUGCAAAUGGUGACGAACCAGACUUCAAAUUGAUUGAAUCAGUUAGGGAGAAAAUCGGUUUGGAGUGUUUAAGAGUGAAGGAAAUGCCAACAAUGAAUCAUAAGAAGGGAGAUGGAGAAGAACAACAGACCAAAGCAGUGUUGGUUUCACUUGGGAGUUUGGUUUGGAGAAAUCUAUUCAACUUUGGUCUUAUCAAAUCAUGUUCUUAAAUCAUUCAAAUCUUUGGUUAACCAAACCACCGGUUCGAUGAAAUUCAUCCUUUGAGAGGCACGCGGAUUUUGUUUAAGAAGUCUGCGUGCCUUAGAAAGGAUAAAGUUUUUUAUCGGUG